AUGUUCCAAUGCGACGCAUGCCAGCGGUGGUUCCACCUCAAGUGCCAGGGAACGGCCAAGAGCGAAGUCCAGCCCGGCGUUCUGUUCUUCUGCCGCGCAUGUGAGCGCAACCGCGCCGCCAUGUGUCCACGUUCGACCUUACUCCUCCAGGCCGCGCUGUGCGUGGUUCUGGCUCUCGCCUUCAGCGGCGGAGUCACACGCGUCGAGGCUGCCGACAACAUCGCACUGCAGUGGUACGAACUGCAGGACCGUGUCCUCUUCGCGCCUCUCGGCUCUGGUCCCGUCCGCGGACCCAACCGAGCGACAGCCGUGGGCCAGUCGCGGGCCAUCUUCCUGCUGACUUCGGCCGUCUACGAUGCCUGGGCGGUCUACGACUCCAAGGCCAUUCCGUCCACGUACAGGUACGAGCAGAGCAAGGUCCCGCGCAUGCGGGGCAGCAGCGCCGACAUCAACAAGGCCAUCUCCUACGCCGCCUACCGCCUCUUUGAAUUCAUGCAUGUCGAGGAGCCUCUAGUCCUGGAGGCGGCCAAGGCCAAGCUUCAAUCGCUGGGCUAUGAUCCGGCAGUCAACGGUACCGACACCAAGACGCCGGCUGGCGUGGGUAACUUUCUGGCGGCACGCAUUAUCGGGGCGGCGAGACUCGACGGCACCAACUCGGAGGGCGAUCACCCCGGAUCAAUCCAUCCCAAUGAGCCCUACGCCGACUACAGGCACGCGCCUGGCCAGAUACACGGACUCGUGACGGCCCCUACUUACCCCAACUACCAGCCGAUGAAUGCGCCCAAGUCGCUCGAAGAGAUCAAGAACGAUCCCUGCAAGGGCAUAAAUUCGCUCGACCACUGGACGCCGCUCAAGGAAGACGACGGUACCGUGCAGGAGUUCAACGUGGUGAUGCCCGGCCCGCCGAUGCCCAACACCGCUCGCGAGGCCGAGUUCCGCCAGCAGUUCUUUGACUUGUUCGCCUACAGCGCCAACCUGACCGACGUACAGAAAGUCGACGCCGAGUUUUGGGCCUACGCCUCGGGCUCCGAGCUGUUCUACAAGAUCACCUUUGACUCCGCGCGCAAUCUCAAGCUCUCGCUUCCCGACACCGUGAAGCUGCUCUUCGCCCAAGGCGUGGCUGUGUGGGACGCGUCGGUGUCGUGCUGGACCUACAAGCGGAUCUACACCUCGGGCAGGCCGACCACGGUCAUUCCGUGCCUCUUCGCCAACACCACGGCCGAGGCGUGGAUGGGUCCCUAUCAGGGCCGCGGCCUCAUCAACGGCAGCCACUGGCAGCCCUACAUCGCCACCCCGCCCUUCUCCGAGUACCCCUCUGGCCACAGCACCUUCACGGCGGCAUCGGCGGUCGUGCUGCAGCGUUUCCUCAAGUCGGACGUGUACCACGGCAAUCCCGUGGUGGUGCCCGAGGGCGCGUCGUUCAGGGAGCCCAAGAUCACCAACACCAGCGACCCGCGCUACAUCGCCGGCGUCACCGACAAGCCCAACACCGGACCAGGCACGCCCGGCUACGUGCCCGCCACCAACAUCACCCUCACUUGGAAGACCUACUCGGAGGCGGCGGUGGCGGCCGGCGAGAGCAGGAUCCACGCUGGGUUCCACAUCAAGUCGGGCAACGAGGACGCCCUCGCCGCCGGCUCUGAGAUCGGCGAGAAGGUGUGGCUCGUAUGCACCUCGCUCUGGGACCCGCCCGCCAGCAGCAGCCAAGGGUCCAAGAACAGCGGUGACGACGACGUGGGCGGCAAGAUCGCGGGGGCGGUGAUCGGUUCGAUCGUGGGCACGCUGAUCGUGUCGGCCCUCGUCGUCGUCGCCGUGCUCUACAUCCGCAACAAGGGGAAGCACGGCCACCGCGGUUACUCCUCCGACUACGUCGCCUACAGCUCCUAG